AUGGUUUGUUAGCUGAAACAGAAACAAUUAUAGCUUUUCACCCACUUUACUCUUUCCUCUAAUAUGUUCCAAGACCUUUCUCUGUCUCUUUGUAAAAGGCCGGGUUCAUAUCUCCCAUUGUGCAGCUGGGUAGAAUGAUUGGAUUUCUCUUUUAUGGGGUGCUGUCAGUGGAUUCAGCUCCUGAUAGUAGAAAGAAGAAUGAAGCUGUGAGUGAGGACGGUACUCCUGAGAGGAAGAGCGACAGGGACCUUAGGCUCCACGGGGACGAAGUGAGGAGGAACGCCGGGUGGCUGGGUGGAAUAAGGUGCCGUAUUCACUGA